GUUCGUUAUUUUCGUCGGAUUUGUGUUUUGGGAUUCAAAGAAGUUUGAGGGGUGUUACCGCCCCCGAUGGAUCACCAAUGGACGUGCCUGUGGAUGCUGGUGUCGUUGAUUUUGGCGGCCUACCCAGGAAAGACCCGUCCUCAAAUACACGCACCGAAGACCACAGCCUUGUCCUUCGUGAUCCUGCCGAAGGUGGUGGGCGGCUACUCGGUGACCAUUGACCAGGUGCCCUUCCAAGUGUCCGUGAGGAAGCGAUCGAUCCACGAGCGGCACUACGGGAUGGGUCACGUGUGCGGCGGAGCGGUCAUCUCCCAGCGGGUCAUCUGCUCGGCGGCCCACUGCUACGCCAUAAAUACCUCGAUAGCGUUGCACUAUCGUGAUCCGGAGCUUUAUGUGGUCGUAGGCGGCAGCAGCUCCAUCGAUCGGGCGGAUAGAUUCACCCAGGAAUACCUGGUGCAGCGGAUCAUCGGCCACGAGCGGUACAACAGCACAACGCUGGAGAACGACAUCGCCCUGCUCUUCCUCAACGGCUUCAUCCCGUGGAGUUCGCGUGCGGUGAAGGCUAUUCCGUUGGCCAUCGAAGCGCCCGAAGAGGGCACCACCUGCCUCAUCCACGGCUGGGGAAAAGUCUCUGGGAAGGACAAAUCGGCUUCGCUGCAGCAGGCACCAGUACCGAUCCUGAGCAGAGAGCUGUGCCAGGUGAUCUACAAGUUGCCCACGUCCCAGAUGUGCGCCGGAUUUCUGCAGGGCGGUAUCGACGCCUGCCAAGGAGACUCCGGCGGACCGCUGAUCUGCGCCGGACAUCUGGCCGGGAUAAUAUCGUGGGGAGUGGGCUGUGCGGAUCCCGGCUAUCCGGGUGUUUAUACCAAUGUCUCGAACUUUUUGGAGUGGAUUCGGGCUGCCAACAACUCGCUGGACUACUCAGAAUAUCGGCAAAUGUCGCCGCUAAAUCUGGCCAGCCGCCGAUGUAUAUCUUUGCUGCUAUUGGAUCUUGGCCUUCUGGGGCUUAUCAUGGGCCUUCUUUGACGAUUGGACAGCUCAAUAAAUCGCUUUCUCUUGUCUGUUUUA